UCAUCUAUCCUGAGGGCAGCCGGCGGUGUAGUACAAACAGACGCAUUCCCCAUCCCCACCGCAUCGCCGCGAACUCUUCCGCCGCCGUCCGCCCUCGCUGAUUCCUUCUCCUCUUCGGACCUUCCUCCACCUCUCGUCGUCCUCCGCCCUUGCGCUUCUCCUCUCCUCCCCUCCCUUUCUUGAACCCCUCGUCCUUUCUAUAAUCUCCUUCCUUCACGAUGUCGUGGCUGAGAUCGGCCGUCAACAAGGCCGUGGAGGUCGGCGGCAAGAACAACCUCACGCGCACCGUCAAAAACUACGCCGACACCGUCGUCCACCACGCCGGCCAGGCCGUGGCCGGCGGCGCCAAGAUCUUCCAAGAUCGCAUGGGUAUUCAAAACUAUAGAAAUUUCAAACAAACUGUGAAAAGAUUGGAAGAAGCUGCUGUAUCCUACAGGGGAACAGAGAGAGUUCAGCUACUACGAAGAUGGUUGUUUGCUUUGCAGGAAACUGAAAGGGUAUAUGGAAGUUCAAUUGAUCACAAAUCUCUUAAACAAACCCCUUUAUUUGAUGAGAGCAACUCAUCCCAUGGAAAUGUUUCCUCGAUUCUUUAUGUUGAUACGGAAGUGGGGGGUGAACCCAUGAAUUUCCGGGAUGUGUUUCUUUAUAGCCAAGCUCUUGAAGGGAUUACAUUGUCCAUGAUUCUGGAGGUUCCAAAUGAUGAAGAAGUUUCUCUGCUCCUGGAAAUAUUUGGACACUGUUUGACAGGGGAAAAGGAGAUUCACAAUGCUAUUAUGAGUAGUAUACAGGACCUUGCAAAAGCAUUCUCAAAUUAUCAGGAGGAAGUGUUGGUGAAGCGGGAGGAACUGCUUCAGUUUGCUCAAGGUGCAAUUUCAGGACUAAAGUUAAAUGCUGAUAUAACAAGGUUAGAAUAUGAAGUCUCAAAGCUUCGAGAAAAGGUUGAUGGGAUGGAAGCAUUGCAGGUGCCUUCAGGCGAAGAUCAUGUUGGAACGUCUGAAAAGACAGCUUUUGCGUCAGUGGAGGCCCUAAAAAAAGCACUGACAGAGGUUCGGAUCUGCUCUAGAUUCGAAGGACUGCUUUUGAAGAAGAAAAAGAUAAAAAGUGGGGAGUCAUUGGAGAUCCAUUCUCAAAAGGUCGAUAAAUUAAAGGUUCUUGCAGAUUCUCUUGCCAACUCUUCCUCAAAGGCAGAAAAGCGUAUUCUAGAUCACAGGCAUCAGAAAGAAGAGGCUCUUAAUUUUCGUGUAGCUAAAGCUAAUGAAGUUAGUGAAGUUGAAAAGGAACUGCUCGCUGAGAUUGCUGGACUGGAGAAACAAAGAGAUGAACUUGAGGCUCAACUAAAGAAGGUUAAUAUUUCUCUGGCAGCUGUUGUUGGACGACUCAAUAAAACCAGGGAAGAGAGAGACCAGUUUGACGAAGCAAGCAAUCAGAUUGUUUUGCACCUGAAGACAAAGGAAAAUGAGCUUGCAAAAUCUGUUGCUUCGUGUAAAGCAGAAGCUGAUAUUGUCCAUGUCUGGAUUAAUUUCUUAGAAGAUGCAUGGCAGCUCCAAUCUUCAUACACAGACCUGAAGGACAGACAGAUUAGUGAUGAGUUGGAGAAAUGUGGGAAUUGUUUUCUGAAGUUGAUCAAACAUCACCUUUCUGCUUGCAAGGAUGAACUUAAACCUUCUAUUGCUCGUAUCAGCACAUUUGUGGAGAACUUGAAAAGAUUAAAUGAUGGGUCAGAAGCGAUGCAAAAUCCUGAUGAUAAGAUAUCUAAAGAGUCAAACCCAAGGAAAUAUGUUGAAGAGGAAUACUUGGCAACUGAAACAAAGAUCGUUACUGCCUUCAGCGUGGUUGAUCAUAUGAAAGAGUUGUUUUAUGCUGAUAUGGAAAAUGGUUCCAGGAGAGAUGAUCCUGAUGUCAAGGAAUUAUUUGAAUCAAUUGAGAAAAUGAGAUUGGACUUUGAAUCCAUUGAAAGACCUUUUCUAGAGAUUGAAGUUCCAGAGAAAAUGAUGAUGGAAGAUGAUUCAGAAAAGGGUUCACCUGUUGUUCAGAUCUCCUCUUCACCAAAAUUCAAACGUGUGGACUCACCCAAGUCACCUCAACCUGUUGUUCAGAUCUCCUCUUCACCAAAAUCCAAAGGUGUCUACUCACCGAAGUCAUCUCCCAGGACCGCAGACGAGAUAUUAGAUCCGGAAUCAGAAAUCGCAAAGUUAGAAAUGGAAUUUGGAAAAGCAGGCAGGGAUUACUCGACCGAGGAGAUCGGAGGGUGGGAGUUUGAUGAACUUGAGCAGGAAUUGGGGCCAAAUAAAUAGUUGGAAUUCGUGUACUCAGUUUGGGUGAAAUGAUGAUGCUCACAGUACUCGGCGAGUUACGAUCAACAUCCGCUUUAUCUAAUUUAGGGGGACCUGACUCGAACAAAGAAGUUAUUUAUUGGCUGUAUAUUCUUUUGUAUAUCCUUUGUAUCUACCUACUUUGAUACCUCAGGUUUUAAAACUGUAACGUUUGCAAUA